AUGGAAAUUGCUCUCCCCUAUUUGGAAGACAGAGCAUGGUUUGGCUUCACAGCAUUGCGGCUGGCGGCUGAAACAGCAGCCCCUUUCUCAGGCUUUCAGUAGCCAGCUAUGUUGGAGGAAAGGGAACACUCCAUGCCCUGCAGGCCCGAGAAGAUGGAGGGACAAGUGGUAGGCGGGAUGCUCAGACUCCUCCGCCCCUGGCUGCGCAGGCCCCAAGCAGGACCCCCCCAGGAAAAUCUGGGGGCAGCUGUGAAGGAACCAGAAAGGGCCUGGGAGCACUGUCUGCCCAGCUUCGCUGGGGGGCAGCACUUCUUUGAGUAUCUCCUCGUGGUCUCCCUCAACAGAAGGCGCCCAGGGGAUGAUUAUGAGCCCACAAUCACCUACCAGUUUCCCAAGCGGGAGAACCUGCUUCGAGGCCAACAGGAGGAGGAGGAGCGGCUGCUCAAAGCCAUCCCCUUGUUUUGCUUCCCUGAUGGGAAUGAGUGGGCACCACUCACUGAAUAUCCCAGGGAGACCUUUUCCUUCGUUCUGACCAAUGUGGAUGGGAGCAGGAAGAUUGGAUACUGCAGGCGUCUCUUGCCCGCGGGCCGAGGCCCUCGCCUUCCCAGGGUGUACUGCAUCAUCAGCUGCAUCGGCUGCUUCGGCUUGUUCUCCAAGAUCCUGGAUGAAGUGGAGAAGAGGCAUCAGAUCUCCAUGGCAGUCAUUUACCCGUUCAUGCAAGGCCUCCGAGAGGCGGCCUUCCCUGCUCCUGGGAAGACUGUGACCCUCAAGAGCUUCAUCCCUGACUCAGGCACCGAGUUCAUCUCACUGACGAGGCCCCUGGACUCCCACCUGGAACAUGUGGAUUUUAGUUCUCUGUUGGACUGUCUCCGCUUUGAGCAGAUUCUUCAGAUCUUUGCUUCUGCAGUGCUGGAGAGAAGAAUCAUCUUCCUGGCAGAAGGUCUCAGCACCCUGUCUCAGUGCAUCCACGCCACUGCUGCGCUGCUUUACCCCUUCAGUUGGGCACAUACCUACAUCCCUGUUGUCCCUGAGAGCCUUCUGGCCACUGUCUGCUGCCCCACUCCCUUCAUGGUUGGAGUCCAAAUGCGCUUUCGGCAGGAGGUGAUGGAAAGCCCCAUGGAAGAGGUCUUAUUGGUGAAUCUGUGUGAAGGAACCUUCUUAAUGUCAGUUGGUGAUGAAAAAGACAUCCUACCACCCAAGCUGCAGGAUGACAUCUUAGACUCUCUUGGUCAGGGUAUCAACGAGUUGCAGAGUCCAGAACAAAUCAAUGAGCAUGUUUCACGCCCAUUUGUGCAGUUCUUUGUCAAGACUGUGGGCCACUAUGUUUCCUAUAUCAAGUGGGAGGCAAAUGGGCAAGGCCACUUCCAAGAACGGGCCUUCUAUAAAGCUCUGACCUCCAAGACCAACCGCCGAUUCGUGAAGAAGUUUGUGAAGACACAGCUGUUCUCCCUUUUCAUCCAGGAAGCUGAGAAGAGCAAGAACCCUCCUGCAGGCUACUUCCAACAGAAAAUACUUGAAUAUGAGGAACAGAAGAAACAGAAGAAAUCGAGGGAAAAGACUGUGAAAUAAGAGCUAUGGUGAAAGGGAGUGACUAGACCGACAGGCCAGUUUUGGACUUUGGCUCCUGCCAGCAUGGUAGGAUCAGUAAAGCUCUCAGCCCCCAGAAUUCAGUCUUCUUCUGAGUCAAUGGUAACCUGGUCUUGCUUCAAGCUGUGUCUUGAGUUGGAAUCCCUGGAAUCAGCUUUCUCAGGACUUUGGAAGGCUCAAGCCUCUAUGCUCAUAGAGCUGGAGUCAAAGCUGCACUUUCUGCAGAGGGGAAACAGAGCAGGUAACAGUAGUAUAGGUGCUGUAGAGACUUUGAAGUUGCUAUAACUGCCUUCUCCUAGGAAUCACUAUUAUAAAAUCCUCAACAAGAGAAAGCAGUUGUGGUCUAGAGGCUCAGUUUCUCCAUAUGAAAAAAAGAGGUCUGCAGACAUGUGAGGAUAAGAAUAAAGGUGAAAAUCUUGUU